GUUCGUUGGGUUCUCGUCAGUUCUCCCCCGACGGGGUGCCAUGGCUUGAGCCAUGCGCCGCAGCUCGAUCGCCAUCUUCGCCCUGAGCGCUGGCGUCGCCUUUGUGAACUUUCGGGCGGCGCCGCGGGCCAAUGGAGUGCCUGCCAGGGCGCUCCCGGAGUCCGGGUGGCAGCGCCUGAACAAGCGAGCCUCAUGGGACUUCCUCCUGGGCUCUUCGCCCUUCUCCUACGAGGACCUGGUAGACAAUGUGCGGCAGGAGGAGUACAUGAAAAACCUGCUCUGGGUGGAUGAUGCGUUUAAUUCUAGCCUUGGCACCGCCAGCGAUUAUCCUCCAGCUUUCGUGUCCUACCUGGCCCGAUUGCUGCUGGCAAGAGAUGAGCGCUGCGCCAAGUGGUGGGCCGGAGCGCUUUCCGCAAACACGGACUCUCGGGAGCAGCUCUUUGCGCGCUUUCAGGCAUCAGUGCAGGAGACCCUCCGAGAGAAUUGGCGCGGCAGGGCGGGGGCUUUGGCUACCGCUCUCAUCAAGCGCUUCGGCGGGCGGUUCCCCUUUGAUGCAGAGCAGCAGAUAAGGUUGUGCUUCGGGCUCCUGCCAGAGGAAACGCUUAGAGGCUCCUUCCUCAACCAGAAUUUCACCACCGAUAGAGAUGAAGUGAUGGAAGUGUUCCUUGCUAUCGACACCGACGGCAACGGCAUGUUGUCAAGGGAAGAGAUCACGGAAGCCUUCGAUUCCCUGGGGGACGGGUGGCUGUCCACCCCCGAAGUGGAGCAGAUGUUGGAGGAGGCCCUGGCCAACAGCAACGGCGAGGUGGACGUGGCCGGCUUCAAGCAAGCUGUGGCCGCCUCCCUCACCGCACCUCGGGCACGGGCGAAGCAGGGCAUCCCCGACGCCGAGUGGUGGCGGGACCCCGCAGCACUGCUGCCGGCGCCGCUUCUGGUGGAUGCCACGCCGGAGGUGUUGCUGCGGGCGCACGAGAAGUUCACGCAGCAGGCUGGCCAGGCUGAGCAGCCUUUGCUCCGAGAGAGGCCGCUGAAUCUUCGGGUCUAUGCUCUUUUCACCCUGGCCGGUGCGCUGGCCUGCACUGUGACUCAUGUGGCUCUGGUGCCAAUCGACGUGGUGAAGACGCUGCAGCAGAUCGAGCCUCACCGCUUCGGCGGCCUGGGCCUUUUGGCUGCCGCGCAGCUCUUGCAGCAGGAGAACGGCAACUCCGCCGUUUUCCUGGGCUUGGUGCCCACGCUGGCAGGCUACAUGUGGUACGGUGCUUGUGUUUUCCCUGGUUAUGAAUUCUUCAAGCGACGGCUCAUGGAAGUUUGUGGCCCACGAAUGGCUGUGAAGCUUCGAGUGCCUUUGAUUCUGCUCUCGGGCGCCUGCGCAACCUUCUUUGCCUGCAUAGGAGUUUGCCCUGCAGAGGGGGUUCGAAUCCGGACGGUGGCAUCACGAGGCUUCCAGUGGGACUUUGUGAGCUCCUUGAGCAUGCUCUUCGCGGGCUUCACGCCCGUGUUGCUGCGCCAGGUCUUCUUUGGAAUGGCCAAGUUCCUCGUCUUCGACACAGUGGCGGCCAUGAUCUACCGACAGCUGCCGUGGCUGGCGGGGAGGACGUUUGGCUCGUCCCUGGUGUCCUUGCUCUCCGGUGCGCUGGCAGGGGUUGUCUCCACCUUCGUCAGCCAGCCAGCGGACGCCAUCCUGACACGCAUGGCAGCAUUUUCGCAUCUAGGUGUUGCUGGUGCAGCCAUGUCGCUCUGGCAUGAAGGCCGGGUGGCUGCUUUCUUCACCGGUUUCACCACGCGUGCGAUUUUCGCCGCGGCGAUCAUCGGCGGGCAGUUUCUGCUCUACGACGUUGCCAAGCGGAUUUUCAGAGUCACCCACGAAGAGCUCACGCAGCGGGCAGAUGUCCUGACCACCUCGCUGCGCACGGAGAAGGUCUUUCAGCCAGCGCUCACGCGCGCAGGCUUGGGUCGGAAGACAUUCGCCGGGCGCAGGAGGCCGCUGGCUGGCUACCAGAUGGCCCGACUUCGGAGCUCGAGCUCCCGUUCUCCCUGAGGGCAGAGCCCUCGCAGUGGGCGCUGGGUUGGACCCGUCCCUG